AUGGCUGACCCCCGCGUUGAAGAAAUCCACGAUGACGACGUCGCUAAGAACGUCGACAGCUCUUCUGAGUCUGGCUCCGAGGCUGGCGAUGAGCCCAACAUCCCCGCCGGUGCCUCCGUCGCUGUCCACUCCCGUGGUGAGAAGAAGGCCCGCAAGGCCAUUGGCAAGCUCGGCCUGAAGCUCGUCCCUGGCAUCACCCGUGUCACUCUCCGCCGCCCCAAGAACGUUCUCUUCGUUGUCAACCAGCCCGAGGUCUACCGUUCCCCCAACUCCAACUGCUGGAUCAUCUUCGGUGAGGCCAAGAUUGAGGACCUGAACUCCCAGGCCCAGGCCUCCGCUGCCCAGCAGCUCGCUGCCUCCGAGGCUGCCGGUGACCACGCCGGCCACAACCACUCCGAGGAGGAGAUCCUCGGAAAGGGCAAGGCCCCUGAGGAGGAUAAGAAGGAAGAGGAGGAGGAGGAUGAUGGUGAGGAGGUUGACGAGUCUGGCCUUGAGUCCAAGGAUAUCGAGCUCGUCAUGGCACAAGCAACCGUCUCCCGCAAGAAGGCCGUCAAGGCUCUCCGGGAGAACGACAACGAUAUCGUCAACUCCAUCAUGGCUCUCAGCAUAUAA